AAUAAAAUAAUAAUAAUUGUGUACUUUUUACAAAGUGAUAGCAUCAUUUUAUAUUAAUAACAUCAGAUAGUUAGUUAUUUUGAAAGUCUGUUCUGGUUGACUUAACAGUUUCAGAUUGUUUUAGUUUAUUAACGCUUCAGUUCAGUCUUUUGACUUUAUAGAUAAAAUUUUAAAAGGCUAAUACGAGAUACCACCACAUCCAUCGAUUGAAAUUUGUUUAUAAACGAUUCAAUAACAGGUCCAUAGCUCUGUGGCUAGCACUGAUGUCACUUGAUGGGACUUGAAAGAAUUUGGGUUCAGCGUCUAACCUGUCUGCUAUCUGCGUGGAAUUUCGUGUACAGCUGUUGUCACUCUGGCUAUUCGGCGUUUCUUCCCACAUCUCCAAAACGGGCAUAUUAGACUGUUUGCUAUCUAUACCUAACCACUUUGUGGUUAUAAAAAGAAACCUGAGUGGGUGGCUAGUCAAUUCAGUUAAAUUGGAUGGAUUGAUUAACUAAGCGAAAUCUAUUUAUCGCAUGCUAGUGACAAUAACAUUCUAAUAUAAAUCCAGUGUUGUAGCCAAAUGACAAAAUAAAUCACGACCUUCAAUUCAGUACACGUAAUCCACCGGAAGCCAAGCAUGUUUGGACCCAGACAGUACUAAGGCUUGGGCUGCUGUUGGUAACUGCUUUUGGAGGGACCAUCGGCCUGAAUAAUGGAGGACUUUGAAAAACAAUUUGGAACUUUAUCAAUUGCUAAAAGAUCAAAAAGUGCCGAAGAUCCUACAUACAUGUUGCACGUUGACUGCCAGACAACAGCAGUGGAACAUGGGAGUCAGGCAGUUGCCGUUGCAUGCUCUAAUCUUUCCGUGUGUCUGUAUAACAAGCAGACAUUAAGACAAACUGGACAGUACUUGGGACACUCUGGCCCAAUUUGUGGAGUCAGGUUUUCGCAAACCUCUGGUAAUCUCCUGUACUCGGCCUCUUCAGAUGGUACGAUAAGGUGCUGGGAUGUACGCACUCCUGGAGCGUCAGCAGUGCACAUCUUUAAGAGCCAUCCUUCUCAUGUGUUCACUAGCUUUGACAUAAAUUGUGAAGAUCAAAUAAUCUGUGCAGGCACUGAUAAAGUGCUUGAGGACAGUUAUAUGGUAUUCUGGGAUGUGCGGGCCUCUAGUAAAGAGUGCGCCCCAGGUGGUUCAUUGUUAGGUGUUUAUUCGGAGUCACAUAAUGAUGAUAUCACACAGAUUUGUUUUCACCCCAGCAAUAAAAAUUUUCUACUUUCUGGAUCCGUUGAUGGGCUUGUUAAUGUUUUUGACGUUGCAAAAGACACGGAGGACAGUGCUUUGCUGGCUACAUGCAACUUGGACUCCUCCGUAAGCUUCACCAACUGGGCUGGAGAGACUUAUCAGAUCUAUUGCUUGUCUCAUGAUGAAGCAUUUGCUUUGUGGGACCUGGCCCAGCUAGACACAGAAGAAACCAUAACACUAUUGAAAAUUGAGGAUGCCAGAGAGUCCACCAAAAUUCCUGGUAGUCAUUUAGAUUACCUAAUUGGGGGUCUGUACCACGAACAAGCCAAGAAGUUAGUCAUUGUGGGUGGAACAAAUACAGGAAAGAUUCAUCUUCUGGAGUGCUGCAAAGAUGGCUUAAAACACAUGUGCUCUUUGGAAAAUGCACACUCUUCUGUUGUACGCUGCCUUCACUGGGAUGAACAAGAUCAUUCUCUCCUGACGGGAGGAGAAGAUGCACAGCUGUUUCUCUGGAGGCCAGGAGCUGUGGAGCUUUCAGUAUCAAAGAAGGAAUCUCUAAAGAGUACCUCUUCAGUCCAACAGAAAACAAGAGUGCACAACAAAAUGUUUUGCAAGAAACGGAAAUGAAAGGAGCUAUAUUAUGAUUAACAACACAUUUAAAUAAAACAAAAUGUCCUUUUUGUAAAUCCGAAAUGUUUAUUUUUCAGUAUCAAGCAAUAAAUAUAACUUGAAUAAGGGCUUUUGCUAUUGGAGAUCUGGCAGAGGACUUCAACUUUAAAAUAUGGCAUUUGCUACUUACAGAAUAUUGACAUGAAAUUAGAAAAUGAUGUACUUGCCAAUGUAAUACUUUGCUUAUUUAAAAGUCAAACUGCAUUUUCUAUACUGUUUUAAGUAUGUUUAAAAUCAUGUACUAAUUGGAACCUAAGCUUUUGGUGGUGGUGAUGAUUACAACAGGCUGUGUUACACAGCUCAUUUAGAAAGGAUGCCCUUUCAAUUUAUUUAGGUUCCACUUAUCUUGUAUGAGUAAAUUAGGUAGGCUUUCCCAGAGUGCCUGACUCCAGACAAAGCUGAUUGCAUCUUUCUAAUAUCCCUCGAGAUAAUACACAUUUCGUUUGUUUCAUAUAAACUGUAAUUGGUGACUGCAUGGCUAUGUGUUAUAGUCCUUGUGUAUGCAUUUUUAGUGACUUUCUUUGUUUAUAUAAAUUGAGGUUACUACCUAAGUAGCAGAAAUCAUGAAGUAUAUGCACACUGAUCACUGUGUUAGAAUAUGCAGUUUACAACCUGAUCUUGGAUUUGUAUGUACUCUAUAAUAGUAAUAUGAUAAAGCUUGCUUAUUCUUAAUCUACUUCUUUCGGCUGCUCCCGUUAGGGGUUGCCACAGCGGAUCAUCUUCUUCCAUAACUUUCUGUCUUCUGCAUCU